AGAUGAAUACAUCAUUUGGGCAAAGUAGUGCGGUAUUGUCAAUUAAGAGAGGAGCAGUCGUACAUAUAAACUCGAGAACAGGAACACACCUCCACACCAAAUCAAAAUUCCCCUUUCUCUUGUCACUCUCCUUCUCUACUACUACUCCGCGCGCAGCAAGAGCCACUGCUUCAAUGUCUCACCACAAACAGCUAGCCGCCGCCAAGAAAGCGGCAUCUGUAGCUGCUCGUUUGUGCCAGAAGGUGCAAACGGCUUUGCUGCAAUCCGAUGUCCAAUCGAAAUCUGACAAAAGUCCUGUCACCGUGGCUGAUUAUGGUUCACAGGCUAUUGUUAGCUUAAUUUUGGAGAAAGAGUUGACAGCUAUUCCAUUAUCAUUAGUAGCUGAAGAGGACUCUGGAGACCUUAGGAAAGAAGAAUCUAGAGAAACACUGCAUCGCAUAACAGAGCUUGUCAAUGAUACAUUUGCUAGUGAUGGAACUAUCAACAUAUCAACUGUCUCUGAGGAAGACGUGCUCAAAGCCAUUGACACUGGAAAAUCUGAAGGGGGGCCUCAUGGUCAGCAUUGGGUUCUGGAUCCAAUUGAUGGCACUAAAGGAUUCGUAAGGGGCCAACAAUAUGCUAUCGCAUUAGCCUUAUUAGAUGAAGGAAAAGUUGUGCUGGGAGUUCUAGCAUGUCCCAAUCUACCAUUAUCAUCUAUUGCAAAAAGUGAUUUCAGCAGUUCUGAAGAUAAAGUUGGUUGUCUCUUUUUUGCCGAAGUUGGUGGUGGAACUUACAUGCAAAGUUUAGAUGGCUCCCCACCAACAAAGGUGCAUGUCAGUACUAAUGAAAACCCAGAAGAAGCAUCCUUCUUUGAAUCUUAUGAAGCUGCACAUUCUUCCCACGACUUAUCUAGCUUGAUAGCAUCGAAACUUGGUGUUAAAGCACCACCUGUUAGGAUAGAUAGCCAAGCAAAAUAUGGUGCUUUGUCUAGAGGAGAUGGAUCAAUAUAUCUGCGGUUCCCUCGCAGAGGUUAUGUUGAGAAGAUAUGGGAUCAUGCAGCUGGAUACAUAGUUGUUGCAGAAGCUGGAGGUGUAGUCAAUGAUGCUGGUGGGAAACCUCUGGACUUCUCAAAGGGAAGAUAUCUUGAUCUGGACACAGGAAUAGUUGUUACGAACCAAAAAUUGAUGCCGGCUCUCUUGAAGGCUGUCCAGGAGUCCAUCAGUGAGAAAGCCUCGUCCCUGUGAUUCACAGACUCGACAUCUAUAGAGUUGAGCUCAAUAAAUGUAGCAGCAGGAAGAUAUGUUUUCUUCCUUAAUCCAGUGAGAGAAAAUCUAGAACAGGCCACUAACAUGGUGUUAUACAUUCUUUAAUUUGUGCAUGCACUAAAAUCUAAAAAUUUCAUUUUUAUUUAUUUUCA